GCCCAGGUUGCGCGCUGCCGGAAGCGAACCUCCUCUCCCCCCCCAUGCUGCUCGUCUUGUAUAUAAAUCGAGUCUUCCAAGGAGGACUCUGUCAAUCUUUUCUCUCUUCCCUCCUCACCCGCACAUUCGCUGUAAUUCGCACCCUGACUUUUCAGUCAAUUUCAUUCGUUAUUUCAGCAUACCUAAUUACCCCUCCCGCUCUACCUAAUAAUCCUCAACCACGACCACUCUCCUUACGAGAUCCCCGUAAUACCAGACAACUCAGUCAAAAUGAAGUUCACCGUUGCUGCUAUUGCUUUCGCCGCUGGCGCUUCCGCCACCUACCCCGUCGCCUCGAGCUCCCCGGUCGACAGCUACCCCGUCGUCUCCAGCUCCUCCGUCGACAGCUACCCCGUCGUCUCGAGCUCGUCCGCUGCCAGCUACCCGGCUGCUAGCUCGUCCGUAGCCAGCUCUUCUCCUGUGGUCACCUACCCGGUCCCCACUAGCGAGGCUGUCUCCAGCCCUGCUGGCUACCCCUCUGCCAACGCCACCAAGUACACCACCGAGGUCGUUACCUCGUACGAGACGUACUGCCCUGGCCCCACCCAGAUCACCUACGGCACCAAGACCUACACCGUCACCGAGCCCACCACUCUGACCAUCACCGACUGCCCUUGCACGAUUAGCAAGCCCAUCUUCGUGACCUCGUCCGUCUCCUGUGUUGCCUGCUCCGCGGCCCCUCCUCCCCCGGUCUACCCGACCAGCGUCCCAGUUGUCCCAGUUGUCCCCACCAGCUACACCAACAAGACCAUCCCGGCUACCACCCCCAGCACGGUCUACCCCACGGGCGGCGUUCCCGCCACCUCCGUCCCGUCGACGCCCAUCCCCACGGCUGGCGCUGCCAAGGUCGCCGUUGGCCUCGCUGGCCUGCUCGGUCUCGCUGUUGCCGCCCUAUAGAUCGGCUGCUAGCUUCGCAUUCACGUCUGACCUACGAUUCUCCUUUGUUCGAUAGUACCUAAUCCUUGGGGAUCGAGAGGGAUGUUUGCAACGCUCAUGACGGGAAGCAGACCGGAGUUGUGAUGGGAGGUUGGGAGUGUUUUAGACAGGGACUAAUGGCAUACGGUAUUCUGCAUUGCGCUUUGGAGUUGCGACAGCCACGCGUGCAGGAAAUCACUUUGAUUCUUGUAAUUUCUUGACUUGGUGUUUCGGACAGAGCCAUUUCCCUGCGGGGGUAUGUGUGAGGUCUAAGGCCAAGUUGGAAUGGUCGUGGGGGUUUGGUUUACGAAAAGCUUCUUCUGCCGGUAUUCGAAGGAGAGCUUGGUCGGUAUCGGACCUCUGACAGAAUCCAACCAUUUCAACCACUUGUCUCAUCGCCCAAGAAGUUUUCGCUCUUCGUGCCCCUGCUUCCUGUUGACUUCAGCGCGCUCACGUUCCCAAGUCGACAGCACAGUUUUAAUCCUCGGCAAUCGUUGCAGGUUUUUUGGUCCCUUCGCUGGAUGUUUUAUUGGUCUCUGGAAAUAUCACCGUGUUUGCGAGGUAUUGUACUAUAGUUCAAUUGCAGCGCAGACAUGGCCGGGAGGCUAAGUUUUGGUCCGGCAA